AUGUCUACCCGCAAGAGAAAGCAAGAGGAGGAGGAGGAGGAGCUAGUCUCCCUCCCCGAAGAAGACGAUGGCGAAGAAGAGGAAGAGUACGUCUCCACUGGAGAUGAAGAAGACGACGGCGAGGACGACGGCGAGGACGCAGACCAAGAACCUCAAGAGGGCAACGAAGAUGCCGAGGAGGAUGAGGAUGAAGAGGUGGAAGAGGUGGAAGAGGCGACGGCCGCAAAUGGCGACAAGGACGAGGACAAGGAGAAUGGUGAAAAGGACGAGCCACCACCUCUGAAGAAGCGCAAGACGACCGAGGCAGUCUCCAAUGGCGACGCUGCCAAGGACGACGAAGACGCCGAGGAAACCGAGGAUGCCGAGGACAAAAAGGACGACGUGCCCAAGGAGACUGUCAAGACCAAGGACGUUUCCGUCGAGACGGCCGCCGACGAGGCCGAGCCAGAGGCAGAGGCGGCCGCGGCGGGAGGCGAGGAAGAGUAG